CAUUCAUUUGGCUGCAUUAUUUACAUUACUACCCACGAAAGUGUCGCCACCUCUUAAUCUUGUUUAGCUACAAAAGCUGCAGCUCGACCCUCUAGCCGCUGUCCUCAAAGCCCACGAAUUUCAGGCACUUGCACAGAUACUUGCUCUGUAAAGGCUUUGCCGGGGUCGUGACCUUCAAGCUUUCCCCCCCGGCAUUUUGCUAGCGACUGGAGCCGUUCUCUCGGCAUACCUGGCAGCUCCCUCGGAUAGCAGUUCAGACUAGCAGCACAGCAUGCGGUCGUAGGGGCGCAUCUGCGCGCCCGCGCCUUGCCGGGAGAGGCGAGCUGGGCAAGCGCACUCGGCCUGACCUUCACCAGCUAACAUGAUUGUCGAGGCACAAUACUUGCUACAAGUUUACGGAGCUAUCAAAAAUGACUGCCGUGGCAGCGAAGACCAGGCUGUUAUGUGCUUCGCUGCCUGCACGGAUGCCGACUCGGUUUGCGCGUCACAGCAGCUCAUGAACCUGUUCAACCGGGAGGGCAUCUUCUUCACGCUCAUACCCGUGGACAGCUAUGAGGAGGUUAAGGCGCACUGCGAGCCCUUGGUGCAGGCAGAGGAGGUCAAGACCGUGGUGCUUAUCAACUGCGGCGCCACAGAUGACAUUCGCUCGCUGUGUGAGCUGCCAGACAACGUGCGCAUCGUCAUCAUCGACCACCAUCGGCCAGUAUGGCAUGGCCACAACGUUGAGGAUGACACGAACACGCUUGUGCUCGUAGACGAGGACGACCCGGUGCCCAAAGCGUCCGUGCCGGUGUACAACCCCAACGAGCAAGAGGAGGAUGAGGAGGACUCGGGGUCAGAGGCCUCAGAGGCUGAGAAGGAUGAUGAGGAAGACCAGGAGGCAGGCGUCAGCGGCGACGGGGAUGAGGACGAGGACGAUCUCGGGGUGCGGCCCGGGAGAAAGCGGCGGCGGCGCAGCACCGGCGCAGACCAGGAGGAGCGGCCAGCCAAGCGGAGCCCUGAGGCGCGCGCACAAGCAAGAGCAGAGCGGCGGAAACUGGCGGAGCUCAUAGACGCCUACUACAGCGAUUGCAACGGCUACGGGAAACCGUCCUCACUUUUGCUGUUUGCGCUCGUAAACACAGCGCAGCACGAUGACAACUUUCACCUCUGGUGUGCCAUCGUGGGCCUGACGGAGCAGCUGUUGUUCCACCAGAUUAGCAAGCAGCAAUACAACACGUGGCGGGAGGGGCUGGAGCAGAAGACGCACGUGCAGGCUGACCCGCAGGAGGAGCUGGAUAAUGAGGCCGCCAAUGGGCUGCUCCACAUACCGCGCCAGAAGGUGCACGUGGAGCCCUUUGACGACCUGCGGCUGACGCUGCUGCGCUACUGGACCAUCGAGGACAGCCUACGGUACACGGGCUACGUGGCUGCUCGGCUGCAGACGUGGCGGCAAAAGGGGCUGGACAACCUGCGCAGCCUGUUGACGUACAUGUGCAUCCCGCUCAAACACGCAACAACCGCCUACAAGGGCCUGCGUGAGGUGUACAACAGCCAGCUGCGCGCCCAGCUGCCGCGGUUCGCGCCGCAGCACAUGCUGGCGUGGGACUCGCUGCACCUCAGCAGCUUCCGGCUGCUGUACAAGCACGAGGAGAUCUCGGCCUCAGACAUGGUGUUCGCGUUGUUGGGGCUGCUCACGGACGCCAAGCCCAAGGAGAAGAGCUGGCACCGCGCCGCCUUCAACGACGCCUCGAACGCUCUGCACGUGCAGCGCAACCUGAACGUGGUGGAGAAGGGCAUUGAGCUGGCCAAGCGCAUGUGCAGUGACGUCGUGCACGAGUGCGGGCUGAUGAUCACCUCGGGCAAGGUGAAGGGCGGCCGCAACGCCGACUACCGCUGGGUGAACGUGGCGGAGAGCAACGGCCUGGCCAACCCGCGCUUCACGCACCCCGCCGUGCUCAAGUAUAUGGCGCUGUUCCUGCGCGACGCCACCAGCCACCGAUACAGCUCCAACGACGCGCGGAGGCCCAUGGUGGUGGCGGGGCCGCCCGAUGAGGGCGGCAUGUGCUGCGUGGUGGCUGUGCACGCCAAGCACAUUUCCGGGAACAAGCUGCAGAAAAACCCGUUCGCGCGGCCCUUCAUCGAGACGGCCAGCGCGCUGCACAUCUUCCAGCAGAAGAGCGCCUUCGAGAACACCACGUUCCACCUGCGCAAGGAGGAGGUGGGCCCCUUCCUGGACCGCCUGCAGCACGUCGUCAAGGAGUACACGGAGGAGGCCAAGCGCCUGGAGCAGGUCGCGGCCGCGUAAGGAUGCCGCGGCUGUGGUGGCUGUGAUCAGGGCUCAAGC